UGCUGGGCAGCCUUCGGUCUCAUUGCUCCCCUGCUCUCCCCUCUCCCUCUCACCCCUCCCAAGGCAGCCUGCUGGCAUUCUGUACCGGCCCUGCCUCCUCGGAGCUGCCCUCCUCUGCGUCUCUGGACCCCUUGACUGAAGGAGCCGAUGCCCACCUGCCUGUCCCCAGAAGCCUCGGGGGUGUUCUUUCCACCUCUUGGUUCAGAGGGCACAAGGCCAGGCCAGAAGCCAUGAUCUUCUCCCCUAAGGGCUUCCCAGGGCCUGGCCACACUGGCCGGGAGACGCUGGACCCCCAAGGCAGCCUGAUCAUCAGAAACGUGACAACUCAAGACGCAGGCAGCUACACUGUGGUGCUGGAGACCAGCAGGGGACGCAGGAGUGCGACGGAGCAGAUACAUGUCAAGGCCAGCUCCAGUGGGGUGCCGCUGAUGACAUUCCCGGGGAACAGUCAGGGUAUCAUCCAGAGCGAACUCAACUACUCGGUGAUCCUGCAGUGGGUGGCUUCCAUCGACCCUGAACCUGUGCUACGAUGGACCCUCAACGGCUCGCUUUGUGGGACCGGGAAGAAAAUGAUUAUCCAAAGGUUGUCCUUGAAGGAUCUGGGCACCUAUGUAUGCUUGGCAGAGAAUAGUGAGGAGGUGUAUUUCUCCCAGCCUGUGACGGUCAUGCUGCCACGAAUCAUCCACCCACAGUUACUGAGCACCUGCUAUGUGACUGGCUCGUGCUGGGCAGUGCUGAGGACAUCCGGGGAUAGAGACAGCCCUGGCCUGCCUUCAUGGGACUCCCAGUCCAGUAGGGGACAGUCCACAAACAAAGCCAACGUGGAGCCCACAGACCCUGUGCCCAUCAAGCCGAACCCCACUCUCUCCCUGUCAGGAGGAUCUGCCAUUGCCCUCAUCGUGGUCACAUUGGUGGUGAUCGUGUCACUGGUCGUACUCUCGGUCUACACCUUAAUCCACGACAAAAGGUCUGACUGACAAAGAAAUUGGUGAACCGUUUGGGGAUUUUUUUUUUUCAGUUUAAAUAAAUUGAAAAAAUUUUUAAAUAAAUAAAUCUAGA